AUGGAGUUUCAAGAAAAAAACGUGCUCACUUGCGAAAGUAAAAGUGACGUCGAUAAUAUGGAGAACGAAGCGGGAGAUAUAUCCGAUGCCGAUGCGGCAGACACUAAUGAACCAUCUGUUAACGUAUCGAUGGUCACAUCGACUGACGAUGGGAGUUUUGUAAAGGAUGGUGAAGUUCUUGGAACAGGAACUUCGAAAAAACCAAAGAAGAAGUCCCGUCAUGGUAAGAAAAAUAAUGUGACAACAAAGGAUAAUGUUGAUAGGAGCACAGUUCGAAGAGUCUAUUACACAGGGACUAAAUUUAAACAGUUCAGGAAGAGAGCACAAAGUUUUCCUUCAAUUUCAAAGUUUUUUCUACCUUAUAAAAGACCACGAAAGGAGGCUUUCAUUCCACCAACCAAAUUUUUGUUGGGUGGAAAUAUUUCUGAUCCACUGAAUUUGAAUAGUCUUCAAGAUGAAGACAUUAAUAGAGCUAUGAAUGCUGUUACUCCUGAAUCUUCACCAUUACCAACUCCACCAAGGCACAAAGCUAAAAUUGAUGUGAUAAUUCCUCCCAAUAUUCAAGAUCCCUUAAAUUUAAUGGAUCCUUUGGACAAUGAAGAAUAUGAAAAGAGAUUGGAAAUGCAGCAGAGGAAACCGAGGAAGAGGCCUAGGAUCAGACGUCGCACUACAGAUAAUAUAACACCGUCUAUAGAGGUUACUGUGGAAAAAGUAGAGAAAAUAAAAGCACCACCUCCACCAGAACCGUCAACAUCUAAAUCUAGAAAGAGAUCAUGCAGUGAGAGUGAGAAUGCAUCACAAAAAGGAAAGGACACAAAAAAAUUGAGACGUAUGGAUUCAUUAGAUAAAAUAGUCAGCCCAGUAGUGCCACAACCUGGAGCUUGGAUGCGUGCAAGGCCACAACAGCACCCAGUCCAACCAGAGCGGCGAACAUCGCCUCAUCGCACUAAACCUAAAAGCGAUAAUAAAACUGAGCAGAAAUUGCCUACAUUUCACCCAAAAAAUUCAAGAUAUCAAUAUGGAAAUUACGAUAGGUAUUAUGGUUAUCGCAACCUAAAUGCAAUGAUGGAUAUAAGACUGCAAGUCUUUGAGAUGCAUAGGCAUUUGUUUCAAAACAAAGACGUGCUGGAUGUUGGAUGUAAUGUUGGUCACAUAUCUAUAGCUGUGGGGCGUACCCUGGGUGCUAGAUCUGUUGUUGGCAUUGAUAUAGAUCCUGUGCUCAUUGGCAGGGCGAGAAAGAACCUUAAGGCAUUUAUACCAGUACCUCCAGAAGUACCAAAGAUAGAGGAAGAAAAGAAGCUAGAGGUGGAGCAUGACAAAAAGUCUGAAUGCAAGCAAUGUGAGGAGGAAAAGUGUAAUAUGUGCAUUUCUGUUGAUCAGAAAGAGGAUAAAGGGGAUGACUGUAAAAAGUCCCUAUCAGGAAGGAAAGUGAGGAAACCCAGAAAGAAUAGGAAAGCUGUGAACAAACAAGAUGGCCAAUGUUUUUUUCCAAUGUCAAUGUCAGUUUUAUAUGGGCCACUGGGUAGUACAUCAGCUGAAGUCUCACCACCCACUUUUCCUUAUAAUGUAACAUUCAAACAGGGCAAUUAUGUCCCGCGCGAGGAUGUAGCAAUAGGUUCAGGUAUGGAGAGUCCCCAAUUUGAUUUGAUCCUGUGCUUGUCUACAACCAAAUGGCUACAUCUAAAUUGGGGUGACGCUGGUUUAAAGCGUGCCUUUCGUCGCAUGUUUGCUGAUCUUCGCCCUGGUGGAAAAUUGGUCCUAGAAGCGCAGAAUUGGGCAAGUUAUAAAAAGAAGAAGCGUUUAACGCCGACAAUUUACGAAAACUUCAAUUCAAUCGAGCUGUUCCCGAAAAAGUUUCGCGAAUACCUGCUCUCGCCGGAGGUCGGCUUCAGCAAGUGCUGCAUACUGGGCGUGCCGCAGCACGCGAGCAAGGGCUUCCGGCGGCCGAUCCAGCUGUACGUGAAGGGCGACUUCACGCCGAGCAAGGCGAGCUGGUCGGACGCGUACGCGCCGUCGUCGCACCACAAGCCGGAGGCGGAGCCGCCGCGGCGGACCGUGUACGCGCCCGUUGCGCCCGCGUACCGGCCGAGCGACGACACGCCCUCCUGCGGCGCGGCCACGCCCUACUCGCCCAACCUGGACUGCUGCGCGGACGACUCGCCCUUCUACAACCCGCGCAGCGACACGUACGCGCCGUCGUACCAGCCGCCGCGGCCGACCGUGUACGCGACCAUCCCCUCGCCGCUGGGCAGCGCGUCGCCGGCCGCCUCCCCCGCCGCCUCGCCCGCCCCGCACGCCUCCCCCGCCCCCGACCAGAUGUCGGCGCGCGGCUUCCCCGCACCGGAGCGCCUCCACGACGAA